ACCGCCUAAUUUAAAAAUACAAAAAAAGGUCACACCCAACCACAUUCAUAUGUUCUUGAAAACGUGGAUUUGAUUGGCAUACAACGUUUCUUUUGGACAUAUUUUGAAUAAGAAUGGGCAAGGAUCGAGGCAGAGGACGCAGGAACCAUAACUCUGGGCCCUACAACAAGAGCAACUGGCGGGGCCAGAAGCGGGACCGCCCUCCCCAGAACGGAGGACAGCGCAACAAAGCUCCGCAACAGCAGAAGUCCGUCCUGCUGGAGAACCAGGUGGGCAUCACGGAGUUCACAAAUCCAGAUGCUCCUGGAUUCACUGGCAUACUUAAAUCGCGCUUCUCAGAUUUUCAUGUAAAUGAGAUUGACAGCGAGGGAAAGGUCUUGGAACUGAACGACCUCACCGUGCCAAAGGUGGCCAUCGAACCGGUGGACCCACAAGAUCUCGAAAAGUGGAGAAAAGAACUGGAAUCAGUAAUUGGUGAUGAGGUAUGGCAGGAAAUAGCUGACCUUGCCGAGGCGAAACUCGAUCCUAAAAUCGAACAGAAGGUUGAGAUAGAUGUGAGCAGCCUUGAUAAAGAAAAACGCGGCCAGGUUCACCAACUGGUUAAGCAAUUGUACACUGGUAAGUUGGUCUCCACGACCAUUGGGCAGCAGCAACCGGCCAAGCCACCGCCGGCGGAGGACCAGACAGAGCAACAGGAGCCGUUGUUGGAGAAGAAAACCAUUCGAAUUCUAAAACCCAAGGGAGGCCGUGGCGACAAGCGAUGGAACUUUCCCGCGGAAUUCGUAAGCUUUCUAGUUCACAAAACCAACUUGGUUACUAGUGAUAUCGCAUCCACUUUAGCCUCGCGACUUUUCAUGCGACCCUCGCAGGUGAACUACGCCGGCAUCAAGGACAAACGGGCCAAGACUACUCAAAACUUCUGCAUCAAACGCCGUGCGCCGGAUCAAAUCCUAAUUGCCGCUCGAGCCCUGCGGAAUGUACAGAUCGGCAACUUUUCCUUCCGAAACACAACCCUGAAGCUGGGUGACCUGCAGGGCAACCGUUUCCGCAUCGCCCUGCGCCACAUAGACAAGGAGAAGCGUGGCGACAUUGAAGUGGCCCUGGAAUCGCUGCGAGAACGGGGCUUUAUCAAUUAUUACGGCCUGCAGCGGUUCGGCAAUAGUGCCAGCGUUCCCACCUACGAGGUGGGCGUGGCUCUCCUCAAAUGUGAUUAUAAAUUGGCCUGCGAACUGAUUCUGAAGCCGCGUGACUCGGACAUGGAGUUCUUGCGUCCUAUCCGCGAGGAAUGGUGGGAGAAACGCGACUCUGCGGCGGCGGCAGCGAAGAUUUACGGAGAAAAGUUCAUCGAAAAAAAGUUGUUGGACGGAUUGGCUAGAUUCGGAGAGUCGGAUUACUCCUCAGCUCUACGGCAGAUUCCCAGGAACAUGUUGAUGCUGUAUCCGCAUGCCUACCAGAGCCUUAUCUUCAACAGGAUUGCCUCUAGGAGGAUUAAGGAGUUUGGCCUGAAGCUGAUUCCAGGAGAUUUGGUUUAUGUAGACCAAGAUCAAGAUCAGGAGGAGCCAAACGAAAUCGCAAAAGAGACGGAGGAAGACGAGGAAAAAGAAGAGGAAAAUACCGAUAAUCUUCCAGAAAUUCUUGAGGACGACGAAACCAUCGUAGAAGAGUCAAUAUUUAAGCGUAAAGUUCGCCCCCUAACCUCCGAUGAUAUUGCCAGCGGCAAGUUCCACCUCUCCGACGUGAUUUUGCCUCUGCCGGGACAUGACAUUACAUAUCCGGCGAACGAAUGCGGCGUCUGGUACGAGGAGAUGCUGGCCGAAGUGGGUCUCACCUCGGAUCUCCUUAAGCACAAGGAGAAAACGUACGCCUUAGGUGGCGCCUACCGCAAGAUGAUCAUACAGCCUAGUGAUCUUAAAUGGAACUUCCGGUUGUACAACACACCCGAGGACACUCUGAUUGCCUCCGACUGGGAGAUAUUAAAGUGCAUUCCCAUUACUCCGGAACCCGCUGAGGAGGAGGCCAAAUUCAUGGCCCUCCUCUUGGAGUUCUCUCUGCCCUCGGCCGCCUAUGCCACCAUGUUGCUGCGGGAACUCUUUAAGCAGGAUACGUCGGCAGCCACGCAAAUGCAACUGGAAAAGAAGGCAAUGGAAGAAACCGGAAAGGAGGAAACAAAGGAGGAGCCCAUGGAGCAGGAGGAAGAGAAGGCAACGCAGGAGGAGGUGCAGGCCAACUAAGUGCAGGACCGACGACCGAAGCCAAAAAUCAAUAUUCUCGGGGAAAUCAAUUUUACGCGCGCUUCGUCGUAUCCCAACUUCAAACCAACCACAACAAUAACAAUGCGCACGUGAGGACGACAAGGGCUGCUCUCGGUAGCUCUCCCUCACUCUCUCUCUAGUGUCUCUCUCGCCAGCUGGCAGGAGAGUCCUUUUGGUCCUGUCGCUUCUGGGGCGACUGCGAUUUCAUUCGUUCGGUGGCAAGCAACGCGAACGCUCGCAACGACGCGCUGCGCAGUUUUUCCCAGCUCACAGCUCACACAGUCCACCAAGUCGGACGGUUUUCCUCGGCGUUCUCAAUGAAGAACAGUGGCCAAUGAUUAACUGAACUUAGUUAACCAACAUUUACGGUUCCGCCAAGUCCCCGAGACUCGAAUCAACCAGUGCAUCCAACCCGAUAGAGCCAAGCUUAAACAUCCAGGAGAAGAGAGCCAAACCAAGGUGAAUUUAGUUGUUAAAUGUGUGCAGCGCUUUUGGGCGCGUAUUUUGAAUAAGCCAUUUAUUUAGCCGUAAGCACAAUUCACGGCCGAGCAAUUGCCAGUAAUUAAAAGUGAGUGAGCAUUAAACUUACCCUGCCAAGCCCCGAA